AGGGAGCCUCACAUGCCGGACAGCGGGGCUAGGGGCCACUCAGGCCAGGUCCCCACCCAGAGCUGCCUCGAGGGUCCAGAAGGGAGCUGCCCCCACCCUGUGCUGGGUCGUGCUCCCUGGCCUGUACCCCUGUGCAGUGGUGAGUCCAGCCAGCUGCGUGUGGGUGAUCACACUUGGCCUGCCCCCGCCCCCCAGGCCUCGGCCGGCCCCCUCACGCCCCCUCCUGUCCCCGGCUGCUGGGGCUCGGCUGGCUCCACUCUGCUCCUGGCAGGGCGGCCGGCCCUGCUGCUCCUCCCCAGCCCUGGCGCCUCCGGCGGGCCGCCUCCCCCUUCCUGUCGCUGCCCCCUUCCACCCUGUCCUCUGCCCCCCGUCCGACUGCAAACAUGAGGGUCUUAGCCUGCCUCCUUGGUGAGUGGCCCUUGGCCCUGAGGGCCUCACUCAGCCCCAGCAUCGUCACUUUGGGACUCAGACUUCCGGCUGCCCCGAGAUGCCGGACAUUCCUCCUCUCCUCUGAACCCCGGAGACCCAGGACCCAGCUCUGCACGCCCGGCCCUCCUGCUCGGGGGCCAGGGAUCGCCCUCCUGCUCCCUACCCUGACCCCGCUGGCCUGGCCCCCCAGCUCCGGGGCCUCUGCGGGCUCGGGCUUCAGUCUGUCCAGCCCUGGACCCUGGGUUCCGCUGUCUGGGAGGGUGGAUUCUUGGUCAAGGCAGGGGGUGGUGCAUGCACAUCUUGGGUGCUCAGAUGGACCCUGCCCCUCACUUCCCAUCCCCGUCCCACCCCUGCUUCCAGCAGCACUGAUGGGGAUCCAAGCUGUCGAACGGCUGCGCCUGGCUGAUGGCCCCCACAGCUGUGCAGGGCGGCUGGAGGUGAGACAUGGUGGUCACUGGGGGACCGUGUGUGAUGACGGCUGGGACCUGCGGGAUGCGGCGGUGGUCUGCCGGGCGCUGGGGUGUGGUGGGGCGCUGGCGGCCCCAGGGGGCGCCUUUUUUGGGGAGGGCACGGGUCCCGUGUGGCUCAGUGAGCUGGACUGCCACGGCGGCGAGGCGGGGCUGGGCCUGUGCACGCACCGCGGCUGGAAGGCACACGUCUGCUCGCACGAGGAGGACGCCGGCGCCGUCUGUGCAGGUCAACGUGUGGCCGACAUGGGGGACGGCGAUCAGUCAGCCUCGUCCCUCAAUGAGGAUCCCCUGCUGCUGCUGUCUGGGGCUCUGAGUCCUGACUCGGAGGAGCCCCCCCAGAGGUCACAGCCCACUGGGAUCCACGCUCCUCACCAGGCUGGGACCCCCCAGAACAGCACCCGGAAGAAAAGUCCACGUCCACCUAAGCCGGUCAAGUCCACUCGUGCCCCCGUGCUGAGUGCAGGGGCUCCCCGGCAGGAGCGGCUGCGCUUGGUGUCAGGCCCACACGACUGCGCUGGGCGGCUGGAGGUGAAACAUGCUGGACGCUGGGGGACUGUGUGUGACGAUGGCUGGGACCUGCGGGAUGCAGCAGUGGCCUGCCGGGAGCUGGGCUGUGGCGAGGCGCUGGCCGCCCCUGGAGAAGCCAGGUUUGGGACCGGCGCGGGACCAGUGUGGAUGGACGAUGUGGGGUGCAGAGGCAGUGAGCUGGCCCUGCGGGACUGUCCCCGGAGGCCCUGGGGCCGCAGCAACUGUGACCACAGCGAGGACGCAGGGCUGGUGUGCAGCGGGCCCGCUCCACGGCUGCGCCUGGCUGAUGGCCCCCAUGGCUGUGCCGGGCGGCUGGAGGUGUGGCAUGCAGGGGUCUGGGGGACCGUAUGUGAUGACGGCUGGGACCUGCGUGACGCAACGGUGGCCUGCCGGGCGCUGGGCUGUGGUGGGGCGCUGGCUGCCCCGGGGGGCGCCUUCUUCGGGGAGGGCCCGGGGCCCAUCCUCCUGGACAACGUGCGCUGCCGAGGCAACGAGACGGCCUUGAGCUUCUGCCCUGCCCGGCCCUGGGGCCAGCAUGACUGUCACCACCGAGAGGACGCGGGAGCCGUGUGUGAUGGGCUGCCCCUUUUGGACGUGCCGCUCCCAGCCCCCGCCAGCAGCAGCAAUGGCUCCACACCCAGAGGGGCAACACGGCCUGAGUCCUCCGUGCUCCCUGCCGUGAGCCGAGCCCCCAGCACAAGGACUGCAGACAUGUCACACCCUCCAGCCUCCCCCACUGCUUCCCAGGAAUCCACACCCAAAGCUGGGUCCCCCCGGCUGCGCCUGGUGGCAGGGCCCAGCAGGUGCUCUGGGCGGCUCGAGGUGUGGCACAGCGGGCGCUGGGGGACCGUGUGUGACGACGCCUGGGACCUGCGGGACGCGGCCGUGGCCUGCCGGGAGCUGGGCUGUGGGGCAGCGGGGCCUCAGGAUCCUGCCAUGGGCCGCUUCGGGUGGGGCUCUGGCCCCAUCUGGCUGGACGACGUGGGCUGUGUGGGGACCGAAGCGUCACUCUCUGACUGCCCCGCCGCCCCCUGGGGGAAGCACAACUGUGCUCACAACGAGGAUGUGGAAGUGACUUGUACUGGGACCCCUGGCCUUGACGACCUCUCAGACCCCUUAAGCUGGAGCUGGAACCCAGACGCCUGGCUCCCAGUGGAGUUGGUGACCAAGCACCCCGUCAGGCUGACCACCAGUGUCACCAUGGAGAAACCCACUAGCUCCAUCCUAGGGAAGAUGCCCAAGAGCACCAGGAAGUGGGCAAGGAAAGGUGCCAAGUGGCCAACGACGAAAGGCCCCCAGGGCCACCCGGAACUGACCUCCCAGGCUAUUUCCCCCACCACCGAGGCUCUCCCCAGGCUGCCUUCACACACCUCUGCAGCACAGACUCCCUGGGACCUCACCACUCAAGACCCCCAAGACAUGACCUCGGGGGGCACCACUCAGCACAGCCCCCUGACCUCCGUGGGGGCAUCUCCACCCUCCUCCAAAGACCCCUCCCCCACUGGAAACCCGGUGGAAGACUCAGGGCUGUUCAGGAUCCGCCUCGCUGACGGACCCAACCGCUGUGCUGGGCGGCUGGAGGUGAGGCGGGCGGGCCGCUGGGGGACCGUGUGUGAUGACGGCUGGGACCUGCGGGAUGCGACUGUGGUCUGCCGGGAGCUGGGCUGUGGCCGAGUGCGGCCACGAGUGGGCAAGACCCACUAUGGCCCUGGCACGGGCCCCAUCUGGCUGGACGACGUGGGCUGCAGGGGCGCUGAGGACUCACUGAGCCACUGCAUGGCGCGCCCCUGGGGCCAGCACAACUGUGACCACGAGGAGGAUGUGGGGCUCACCUGCACAGGCCACGCAGACGCUGACGACUAUCCUCCCUGGACCUGGGAUCCCACCUCGGGGGAGGACCUGGCCAAGGGGAUCCCCAAUAUAGGACUGCCCAGCAACACCCCCCCUGCAACAAGGCACCUUCCAGGUACAGAUGGUGAGGAAGACUCUGAGCCUUCCUGGAUGUGGGACACGCCUUCAAGAGGGACGUUGGCUCAGGGAACCCCAACAGCAAGCCCGUCACAAGCUACUGCUGCUGUCAGCACCACUAGCAGCCCUGAUCGCCAUGCUCCAGCUUCAAGGGCCCAUGGGGACCAAGGUGCCUCGGGCAGCGGCCAGCGGAAGCCCGAGCGUCGCACGCCGCGGCCCGCCGCGCACGGAGCCGCGACCCCCACCGCCUCUCCAGCCCCCGCCACCGGGCCUGCACCCCCCGAGCCCUCGUCGACCCCCCGCACACCGCCGCGGCGCAGUGCCAAGGCAACGUCUAGCAGAGGGCUGACCCUGCCGGCUGUGUCCAGGGAACUGGCCUCUGACCCCUCUAUGCCCAUGACUGUGCCCGGCCGCACCCCUACGUCAGCACUGAGCCCAGAACCGAGGGCCACUCAGCACCCCACCAUGCUUCCAGAAUCUUCCAGAUCCUCAGACUCUCCCACCACCCUUCAGCCCACCACCACUCCUCCCCCUGUCACGGUCCUUAAUCCUGCUACAACCCCUCAGCCCCCCACCAGCACCCCAGAGGCCCCCACUGUGACCCCUCACCCGCCCACUGAAGCUCCAUACCCCUCCACCACCUCUCACAUCCCCCCCACGACCCCUCACCCUCCCACCACGACCCCUCAGUCCCCCACCAUGACCCCUCACCCCACCACUGCUCCUCACUUUGCUGUGAACCCUGACGCCAUAGCAACACCGGGGCUCACUCCCCAGUCCCCCGUCACUGCCUCAGGAACAGAACUGCCCACUCCAGCACCUACUGUCCAGGCCAGCGGGCUUCCAGCCCUAACCUCUGUGCAGCCCCUGCGCCCUUCCACACCCACGCCUUGGAGCCCCGAGUCCCCCCCUGCCUCUGCUUCAGCCCCGGCAGUGGACACUGCUCUCACGGGGGCGCCCAGAAACCCCAGCCUUACCCCGCAGCCAACCUGGACCCCACACUCAGCCUCUGGCUCUCAGGAGACGCCUGACCAUGGCUCCCUCACAGCCCCCCCUAGCCAGCCUCCUCCCAGCCGCCCCCUCCAGCCCCCGCCUGAGCAGAACACUGCCCCCACAGGCCCAUGUGUGGCCCCGGAACCGCCUCUGCGCGUGAUGGCUUGUGAGCCAGCAGCCCUGGUGGAGCUGGUGGCAGCCGUGAGGGAGGUGGGGGCCCAGCUCCAGAGGCUGACGGGGGUCCUGGAGCGGGAUCAGCAGGAGCGCCAGGCCCUCAGCGGUGGCCUCAGCCAGCUGUUGGAGGCUGCCCAGGGGCUGGGGCAGCUGGGAGAGGCCAUGCGGGAGCUGGCCAGGGGCGCCUGGCAUGCCCGCACAGCUUCACCACCCACGGCCAUCCUGGAGGAGGAGGAGGAGAGGCCUCUGAGGGGGGAUGUGUGAGGGGGCUCAGCCUCCCUCUGCUGCCUCUGCCCAAGCAAGCCAGGUCACCAAAUAAAGACGUGGACAAUGGGUCCAUGAGCAAGUGGGA